AUGGCAGAGAAUAAGGAAGAACUCGUUCAACGCGCCAAAUUGGCUGAACAAGCCGAACGUUAUGAUGACAUGGCUCAAUCCAUGAAAAAGGUUACCGAACUUGGUGCCGAGUUGUCCAAUGAAGAACGCAAUUUGUUAUCUGUUGCUUACAAAAACGUUGUUGGGGCUCGCCGCUCUUCGUGGCGUGUUAUUUCAUCGAUUGAGCAAAAGACUGAAGGUUCUGAAAAGAAGCAACAAAUGGCUAAGGAAUACCGCGAGAAAGUUGAGCGCGAAUUGCGCGAUAUUUGCCACGAUGUUUUGGUAGGCUUUAAAAGAAUUGGUCAUCUACUAUUCUUAUUUUUUCAGGAUCUCUUAGACAAAUAUCUUAUCCCAAAAGCUGGAAACCCCGAAUCCAAGGUGUUCUAUCUUAAGAUGAAGGGUGACUAUUAUCGUUAUCUUGCUGAGGUUGUCGCUACUGGUGAUGACCGGAACAGUGUUGUCGAGAAAUCGCAACAAAGUUAUCAGGAAGCUUUUGAUAUUGCCAAGGAUAAGAUGCAACCAACUCAUCCAAUUCGUCUCGGUUUGGCACUCAACUUUUCUGUUUUCUACUAUGAGAUCUUGAACUCGCCUGAUAAGGCUUGCCAACUUGCCAAACAGGCUUUUGACGAUGCAAUUGCUGAGUUGGAUACCUUAAACGAAGACUCAUACAAAGAUUCGACUCUUAUUAUGCAACUUUUACGCGACAACCUCACAUUAUGGGUUAGUUUUUCUCUUGUCGGCAGUUUGCUGACCGAUAUUUGCGUUAGAUAUAGAUAACCUGUUGACUUGGGAUAAGUACUGUGACCCAG